UGCGGAUGAGGGAUUCGAUGGCACGUAUCACACCAACAUUGUGGUCAAACAUAACGGCAGUUGUCUGUACGUGCCCCCUGGUAUCUUCAAGAGCACAUGCAAGAUAGACAUCACGUGGUUCCCAUUCGAUGACCAACACUGCGAAAUGAAAUUCGGUAGUUGGACUUAUGAUGGAAAUCAGUUGGAUUUGGUUUUGAAUUCCGAAGAUGGAGGGGAUCUUUCCGAUUUUAUAACAAAUGGCGAAUGGUAUUUAAUCGCGAUGCCUGAAAAGAAUACCAUCGUCUAUGCCUGCUGUCCGGAGCCAUAUGUGGAUGUUACAUUUACAAUACAGAUAAGGCGAACAUUAUAUUAUUUUUUUAACUUAAUUGUACCAUGUGUGCUGAUAUCAUCGAUGGCUUUAUUAGGAUUUACCUUGCCACCCGAUUCGGGUGAAAAACUUACUUUAGGUAUGCGUACUAUACUACUCUCACUAACAGUUUUUCUAAAUCUUGUUGCUGAAUCCAUGCCGACAACGUCGGAUGCUGUUCCUCUUAUAGGUACACACAAAUCACAAAUA